GUUCUCUUUGUGAACUCCUUAAUAGACACUAAAGUCAAUCCAGCGCUUUAAUCAGUGAGCACACAGAGAGCGAUAACGCUGUCGGGGUUUCCUCUCGCUUGCGACCUGAAACUCGAGCUGAACCAUGGCAGGAGACGGGUCAGAUCAGCGGGCGCUGCAGUAUGAACAAACUCUUAUGUAUGGGCGCUACACCCAGGAGCUCGGGGUGUAUGCCAAAGAGGAGGCCGCUCGGCUGAGGGAGAGUGGGCAGAGGCGAUCGGUCACCGAGAGAAGCCGGACACUGGACCUGCUAGAGUACGACAAAGGACGCUGUGCCAAGUGUCGCAUCUGCACAGUUCGCUGUCAGAAGUUCCUGAUCUCGCGGGUUGGGGAGGACUGGAUCUUCCUCAUCCUGCUGGGACUCCUCAUGGCCCUGGUCAGCUGGGUAGUGGACUUCUGCAUUGCCAUCUGCUUACAAGCACAGAAAUGGAUGUACGGUGGUCUGGACAGUAAUGUGUUUCUGCAGUAUGUGGCCUGGGUCACCUACCCCAUUGUCCUCAUCACCUUUUCUGCAGGCUUCACCCAGAUCCUCGCCCCCCAGGCUGUUGGUUCAGGUAUUCCUGAGAUGAAGACCAUUCUGCGAGGAGUGGUGCUGAAAGAAUACCUCACCUUCAAAACUUUUGUGGCUAAAGUUAUCGGCCUUACCUGCGCCCUGGGCAGUGGCAUGCCCCUGGGCAAAGAGGGUCCCUUUGUACACAUUGCCAGUUUGUGUGCAGCUCUCCUCAGCAAGUUCAUGUCUCUGUUUGGAGGAAUCUAUGAGAAUGAGUCGAGGAACAUCGAGAUGCUGGCAGCAGCCUGUGCUGUGGGAGUUGGCUGCUGUUUUGCUGCCCCCAUAGGAGGUGUGCUGUUUAGUAUUGAAGUAACAUCCACAUUCUUUGCGGUGAGGAACUAUUGGAGAGGUUUCUUUGCUGCCACCUUCAGUGCCUUCAUCUUCAGAGUUUUAGCUGUUUGGAACAGAGAUGAAGAGACCAUCACGGCCCUUUUUAAAACCCGUUUCCGGCUAGACUUUCCCUUUGACCUACAGGAGCUUCCUGCCUUUGCUGUUAUUGGUAUUGCCAGUGGUUUUGGUGGGGCUUUGUUUGUCUACCUGAACCGACUGAUUGUCCAGUUCAUCAGGAAACAGAAGGUCAUCAACAAAUUUCUAAUGAAAAAACGGCUGCUGUAUCCAGCACUGGUCACUUUUGUCAUUUCUACACUCACAUUUCCUCCUGGCUUUGGACAGUUUAUGGCUGGAAGGCUGACCCAGAAAGAAGCUUUGGUGACAUUUCUGGACAACCGAACAUGGGCCAAACAGGGCAUCGCUGAGGAGUUUGACUACAUUGGAAAUGCACAAGCCUGGAGGCACCCGCAAGUCAACGUCUUUGUCACACUGGUCCUCUUCAUCAUAAUGAAGUUCUGGAUGUCUGCUUUGGCCAUCACCAUCCCAGUACCCUCUGGAGCCUUCAUGCCAGUAUUUGUCAUUGGGGCCGCCUUUGGUCGUCUGGUUGGAGAAAGCAUGGCAGCCUGGUUCCCAGAUGGCAUUCACACAGAUGGUACCAUCUACCCCAUAGUGCCAGGAGGUUACGCCGUUGUGGGUGCUGCAGCCUUGUCAGGAGCAGUCACCCACACAGUCUCCACCGCAGUCAUUGUGUUUGAGCUGACUGGCCAGAUCUCCCACAUCCUACCGGUGAUGAUAGCAGUGAUCCUGGCCAACGCCGUGGCCCAGUCCCUGCAGCCCUCCCUCUACGACUCCAUCAUCAGGAUCAAGAAGCUUCCCUACCUCCCAGAGCUGGGCUGGGGUCACCACGAGAAGUAUAAUAUUCGUGUGGAGGACAUUAUGGUGCGUGACGUGCGGUACAUCACACUCAACUGCUGCUACAGAGACCUGCAUAACGUCCUGCUGACGGGCCAACUCAAGACUCUGGCACUGGUGGAAUCAGCUGAGUCAAUGAUCCUGUUGGGUUCCAUCGAGCGUGCCCAGCUCCAGUCACUGCUCUCACAGCAGCUCGGCCGCGCCAGACGUCUGCAGUACAUCAGGGAGCGGGCUGCUGAGGAGAAGAAACGCCUGUCCAUUGUGUCGAACUCAGCCAGCGAUGACAACAGCAACCAGCGGACCAGCCAGGAAGUUCGCUUCCAGAUCUCUACCGAGGAGUCAUCCUUCAGUCCCACUCGUCCAAUACUUCAAAAGCCCCUCAAACCUGCUCUGAAGAGACCCUCUGUGGUGGAGCGACCCACCGAGCUUCCCAUCGGCCCUCAAGAUAAUUCAGGCAUUGCAUUGAAGAACCUUUUCUGUUCCAGUCCAGACGCAGAAGCCCUAGAGAGCCUAACAUCUCCUGAAAUCACAAGGCCAUCCAAACGAGUCCGGAUAUCAGUUGUGGAUGAUGGAGAUGUGGAAGAUGACAUGACCAUUGGAGAGAUUGCAGAGUGGGAGGAGAGGCAGCUUGAUGAGCAGGUCAACUUCAACAACUGCAAGAUCGACCCCGCCCCGUUCCAGCUGGUGGAGCGCACAUCACUGCAUAAGACCCACACCAUCUUCUCCCUGCUGGGCCUCGACCACGCCUACGUCACCAGCAUCGGACGCCUUAUCGGCGUGGUUUCCCUCAAAGAACUCCGUAAAGCCAUUGAGGGCUCAGUGACUGUGAAAGGUGUGAAGGUGCGCCCCCCUCUGGCCAGUUUCCGAGACAGCGGCACGAGCAGCAGCGAGAAUGAAACCACUGAGCUCCACAAGCUGUGGGACCGCCACAAGAGCAUGUCGCUGCCACGCGAAAGCACCCCCUCUGAGUCCGAAGAGAAGUCCCAGUAAGGGGAAAGUCAAUGAGGAAGAAGAGGAGCAGGAGGAAGAUGAAGCAAUGCGGUCUUUAAUCUCCCAAAGCUACAAACAUGCAAAAAUCCUCAGGGCUCAGGAUCAAUAUCUAAUUCUGAAAAGAGUUCUACUGCUAGGCCAGCCUCCUCUUCAUCUCUCACCUCGCCUGCUCCUUCCUUCUUUGCCAACUCCUGUUUUUCCCAGACCACUGAGUGUUUUCUCCAGGAGCCUUGCACUGACCCAGGGAGACACUCCACAGGAGUGAAACAAAACCUGUGCCCUGCUCUCCAUUUACCCUUGGGAACCCACAACAGAGCAAAUGUGGAUUAGGGUUACUGGGACUGGGUUAAACAUUAUUUAAAGGGAUUUUUUUUUUUUUUUUUUUUAGCAUACUUUGUUUAUCUUGUGUAUCUUUUGAUUUGGGAUCAAAGGUUUGACCUGCAGAAAUAAUCUUUUGAAUGAGUCUUCCAGUUAAGUAGAGAAAUUCAACAGUGGUGACAAGGAAGAAUACUGUAAUGUAUGCAUGUGUCCUUUGAAAGUGUGUGUGUAUGAAAUAAGAAAAUGUGAGUGUGCAUGAAGAGGGAGGUAGCAAAACGACUAUAUCCUAUAGGAUUUUUUUUAUUGUCAUAUUUCGGUCUUUGUUUUUCUGCUUGAAUGAUUUUCUGUCUGAUCAGGUGGUCUGGGUCUGACUGGAAUUUGCCAUUUCUUUAUAAAUUACACUACAGUUUGUCCAGUAGAAGACUCAUAAGGGGACAGAUGCCUUAGCUUUCUGUGUUUUCUUCUUUCCAUUCCCCCUCUUUUCCUCCUCACUACGAGUCUUAAUGGUCAGGUUGAGAGCACAGCCUAUGCAAGCAGACAUGCCUGUUGGCAGUGACAGAGUCACCUGUAGCCCUUUUCAUAAUGUCCUCUCAUAUUGUAGCCACAGCCUUCACAGACACAU